CCGGACUUUCCUCUCCAGUUCACCCAGCAGAGGAGGAAGUUAGCCCGGACUGGUUCACGUCUCCGCUCCUCCAGCGCUGAAAUCCUCUCUACAGGAAACAAACCGUGGAGUCUGCGCGCUUUUCUCCGACAGCCAUCGAGGGAAACUUUUCGGCAGCUGUGUUCGUUUUUCUCCCCCGUUUGUUGUGUUGGAUUUGAGCUGAUCCGCUCCUCCACCUCAUCAACAUGUCUGUCCAAACGAGCCAGCAGACUACGACCUACCGGACCGUUAAAGUGGCCUCCCCGGAGCCGGUCACCAACAUGGUGAUCUCUCCUGCGCCGGUGUCUCCGUUACCGUACACAGUGAACGGUAACUAUGAGACAGUGAGGUACCUGGUCCCGGUGCAGCAGGCCGUGCAGCAGCCGUCCUACGUCUUCAUGCAGCCGCCCACGGUGCAGCAGCUGAUGUCUCCGGUGUACCUGCAGGGAGUGACCGCCCUGCAGGGGAUGACCCACCUGAGCGUCAGCAGCCAGGAGUCUGACCUCAUGUUCCAGCAGAGGAGCACCCGAGAGAGCGUCAGUGGGCAGUCGUCCGUGUUCAGCCGUUUGUCCAGCCCAGUAAAGAGCCCUGAACCUGAGGAGGAGGAAGUAGAGGAAGUGGAGGAGGAGGAGGAGGAGGAAGAGGAGAUAGUGGAGGUGGAGGAAGUGGAGAUUGUCAACGUCGUUCAGAUGAAGCCUCCUCCAGUGGUAGAGAUCUUAAAGAAGGAGGUGAAGACAGAGGUGAGAGAAUUCCCCCAGCCAGCCAAGAUGGACACGCGGUACUUUGGUGAGCUGCUGGCUGAAGUCUACAGGAAGAACUGUGACAUCCACUCCUGCAUCUCUGAGCAUGUGUCCAAGAUCAGAGGGCAGAAACACCAGCUGGAUCCCAGCAAUGACUACAAGAUGGAGAAAGAGGAUGUGGAGGCUUUACUUCCUAAAGGAGCCACUGAGCUGACCAAACAACAGAUCCGCUACCUGCUGCAGACUCGUCUGACAGCAGAUAAGAGCAUGCGUCUGCUGUUGUCUACCUUCAGCAGCCUUCGAGAGGAGCUGCUGCACAUGUCUGAGGACCUGAGGCGUCUGGAGAGUGAGAAGGAGGCUUUGGAGAGAGACCUGAGCUUUAAAGCAGACCAGGCUCGUCAGUACGACUGUCUGCUGGAGGCCGUCAGAGAAAACAACAGACAGCUCCAGUUGUCUCUAAAAGAAACCAGCGCCGCCCAGCGCUCGCUGGAGAGUCAGCUCAUGAGCACCAAAAGCAAUGACUCUGGCCGUGAGUUUAAAAUCAAAGAGCUGGAGGGAAGAAUGAGAGCACUGGAGAAGGAGAACGAGAUGCUCCGACAGAAGCUUGCAGGCCAGGCCAGCAGCUCCACCCUGCAAAUUAAGACAGAGGAGCUGUCCCGUCAGUACAAGGACCAGCUAGAGAGCAUGAGGCAAGAGAAGGACCAGGAGAUCCAGAGGCUGAGGACCCAGAUAACAAAGAUCCAGACACAGAUCACCACCGAGAAAUCCACCACCACCUCUUCCUCAGAGAAGAGUCUGCAGCUGAAAAUCUCCGAGCUGCUUGCCAUGUUGGAGCAGAGGCAGACCGUCAUCACCAGACAGGAGGAGGAGAUCAAGAGGCUGAUGCUGGAUAGAAACGACAGCUCCAAGAACGUCACCAAGACCAUCAUCACCAAGAGGUACAGGAACCAGUACCCAAUCCUCGGUCUGCUGAGCGAUGACUACAAGGUCACCUCACCAAUCAAAGAAGACAAAACCAUUGUCAUCGAGAGAACCGGGGAGAUUAUCAAGCAGGAAAUCAUUUUAAGCCCUUAAAGACACACUGCUUCUCUCCGACAGGAAUGAUUGAACGAUGAGAAGACCCAGACGUCACCUGCCCUCCCCCUUGCAUGCUCCUCCCCCUCCCCUUCCCUCCCCUCCCUCCUCCUCCUCAGGGCUCCCAGGGUUGGUGGUGGUUUUUGAAAUCCCCCUCUCCUCCCCUAAAUACGUGAUCAUUGGUUCAAGUUUUUGGUUUGGCCAAAUUGAGCUUGUUUGGGGUGAAAUUUUUUUAACUGGGGCUUUUUAUUUUAAAUAAUGAAUAAUCUGACAAUCAAAGAUGAAAUCUUUAGAGUAUGCAACACACGCUGUGUGGUUGUGUGAUGGUUUAAGGUGGUAGGAAUUAUGCGAUCAUGACAACUGGGAACUGGGUGGAAAUUCAGCGGUAAUACCACCAGAUCUGAGCUGUGUUGGUUUACUUUUCUCAGAGACAAACACUUCCUCUCCUCGCUCACCUUUUAACUGUAUUCUCACUCAUCAGGUUAAUGUUUAGGGGGUGGGCGAAUCUUUAAAAGAAGCACUUUGUAGUAUUUAUUUAGCCUCUAAUUUACUGACCUCACAACAGAUGUAGACUAUUUUAAGUAACUUCACUUGAGAAAUAAAUCUAACAUUAAAAAAAUGAACAAAUUAAAAUUUCUUAACAUGUUCACAUCUAAAUUUAACACUUAAUCUCUUAAUCUUUCUCUGGACAUUAACACUACAUAGAAUAUUUCACUGAAAAACAUAUGCUGAUCAUUUUGACCAAGAAAACAUUUCAGGGCACGUUUCCCAGCCUGAGCUCCUCAGAAGAAGCCUAACGCCUUGUUUCUAAUAAGACAAGUGAACCAGAAGUCCAUUCAUUCCUAUUGGAAUCAACAUGAUAGCCAAUAUCUAUAGUAGCACGAAUCUGAACAAGGGUGGAACAAGCUUUAUGCUAUAAAGGAGGAGGCUGGGGUGGAGGAGGUGAAGCCUUUCAUGCAGCAGUGUGGUGAAUCAGCAUGAAUGCAAGCAUGGAUUAGUGAGAAGUAUGUCAUAUUCAAAUACACCGCUGUGUUGAGAGAAAGAGCUGUGAUUGGCUGUGGAAGAUGCGAGAAGAUAAUUGGGAUCAGCUGGCCGUCAGCUGAUCACGCCUGGUUGUCUGACUACCAUGUCCUGUAUGAACUAAAGCUAAACUAAAUGGUCAGUGUGUUUUCUGGCAGAUCCAUUUCCUGGUUGAAACCAGACUCAAAAAAUGGGAGAAAUUUUACAGUAUUAUAAUAGGCAAAAAUGCUCCAUAUACAAUGUAUGAUAAAUAAUGUUAAUUGUUAAAUGUACUGGCAAUUUAAUGGACUGUGAUGUUAUUACCUUUAUAUAAAUAUUUUUUCUUAUUUCAUACAUAUAUAUAACUAUUAUACUGCUAAACACAAUGGAUGGCUCUUGUUUUGACAUGGAGGCUUUUACUUUGAAAUGUUAGACUUUCCCAGUGGUCACAUGACUUCCUUUUCCUCAAGAAUUCCAUUAAAUGAAGAAAACAAAAUAAUGGAAUUGAAACAAACAAGAAAUGUUUAAAAACAUUUCUUUUUUCUUUUUUAGAAUGUUG